CCUCCCUCUCUGUCUCUCUCAUCAUCUCUUGCUCUCUCUCUGUCCUUUCCCGUCUCAGGAGCAGACAGUCAGUGGAGCAUCGGCACGGCAGCGGAGCAACACAGGACCGACGGAGGAGAGAAGAAGAAGAGGACAGCAAACCUGCCUGACAGCAACACAACAUUAAGAACAUUUACAGCAGAGCAUCAACUGUAAUACAGUUCACAUCAAAGCAGAAGCAACAGAUUGCCCCCCAGUUGCAAUUGUUGCUGCAACUGAUGCUCUCCCGGCGGACCUGGGCUUGGAAACGAAGCAGAUUUGCAACUGACGUCUCCUGGGUUUUAAAAGUCAGUUUAUCUGUGUGAAAGAAAUGAUUUCGCUCUGUCAACGAGCGAGGAAACGAUAACGCCGAGCAACAGAAACGAAAAGCUUUGAUUCAGUCAGAAAGCAACACGUUUCAGGCUGGGCGUCAACAUCACCUCUACCACCAGCGUCUCCUCCCAUCUUCCUGCCUUCACCGGGAUCCAAGGAAGACCAGGCAUCCGAGCUGUGAAUGCACAAACAGACGGAGGAUGUUAGAUUGACAUGCAGAGAGCAGAGUUCAGGGAGUUUUGCUGUGAAGCUAAAAGAGCAAGAUCAGGGUUUAUCAGCGUGACGGAGGAGGUGAGACGCAGAAGCAGGCAACAAUAAGUCCAUCAGAGUAUCACCUGGACUUCUGAGGACAACAAGGGAUGAAGAGGAGGGUGUACUCCAGCAUCUGCCUGAGAAUGGAAGCAAACCAAGCAUCCAAAAACUAGAGCAGGAAUGACAGGAAGACUGAGAUCCAACUCUGCUACGCACAGAUAGAUAAAGCAUACACAAAGAUAUCAUUCAUCAGAACACUUAACCUCAUCGAAAGUGAGCAUCCAGCAGAGACAGAUCUUACUUCACAAGGAUGUAUUCGCACCACUGGAGCUCGCAUUUUGUCUAGAGAAACAUCGCAUUCUUGUCGCCACUUGCUGCAAGUAAGUUUCUGCACCGAUUUCAUUCGGUGUGAGGCACCUCGGGGGUUCUUGCUCGACUCUUCUUUUCGGGGUGAGGUGGAUCUGCCGUCGGGGGCAGCUGACAGCCAUCCAAGACGCCGCGAGCCGUACUCCGCGUGAAGAAUGCCCAGCCGCGCUUGGCCAAGCCGGCCGACCCCGGGCCGACGGCGGGCCUCUACAUGGAGCGAUCGCAGAGCCGCAUCAGCCUGUCCGCAUCCUUCGAGGCCCUCGCCAUCUACUUCCCCUGCAUGAACUCCUUCGAUGAGGACGAUGGGGUGGACACAGAGGGCAGGAAGUUGAAGGGAGGCAUCCAGAGGAGCACAGAGACGGGUCUGGCCGUAGAGAUGCCCAGCCGGACGGUCCGGCAGGCCAGCCACGAGUCUAUAGAGGACAGUAUGAACAGCUACGGCUCCGAGGGAAACCUAAACUACAGCGGCAUGUGUCUGGCGUCGGACGCACAGUUCAGCGACUUCCUGGAUGGGAUGGGACCUGCCCAGUUUGUUGGGAGACAGACGCUGGCGACAACAUCCAUGGGUGACGUAGAGAUCGGUCUGAUGGAGAGGAACGGGGGUCUGGAGGUGGAGGUCGUCCAGGCAAGAGGACUCACCAUGAAACCAGGCUCAAAGGGACCUCCAGCCGCCUACAUCAAAGUUUACCUCCUGGAGAACGGCAUCUGUGUGGCCAAGAAGAAGACCAAGUCAGUGAGGAAGUCUCUGGAUCCUCUCUACAACCAGGUCCUGGUCUUCUCUGAAAGCCCACAGGGGAAAGUGGUGCAGGUGAUCGUUUGGGGCAACUACGGACGGAUGGACCGCAAAUGCUUCAUGGGCGUAGCUCGAAUCCUAUUGGAGGAGCUGGACCUCAGCACAAUGGUGAUUGGCUGGUACAAGCUCUUCCCUACCUCCUCCAUGGUGGACCCAACGAUGGCGCCGCUCAUCCGCCACUCCUCCCAGAUGUCCCUGGAGAGCACCAUCGGGCCCUGCUGUGAGCGAUCCUAAGACUCAAGACAAAUCUAAAGUUUUGUUGUUGCGACUCCAUUUCUGUCUCAACCAAAUCCUAAGACGCAUUUUUAUACAUCCUGUAGUCCUGCGCCCGGGUCAGCCAGGCCGCACUGCUCCUGGAGCAGGUAGGUGUUAAGUAUCUUGCUCAAGGGCACUUUGACAGGUCCAACCACACUUGGGACUGAACCACUCCACUGAUUGGGAAAUGACUUCACUAACUUGUAGGUCAUUUUGGCACUCAUUGGAAAUGUACUGUAAUUCUUUUGAUAUUGUAUCAGAUUGUUUCCUGAGACUCACGGGAAGCACAUUUCUUUUGUUGUUGCAACCGAGCGCCCCUCAGACUCACAGGAAAACGUUGAGAUCUCUUUGAUGAGAAAACAAAAACCUACUUAAUGAGGAUACUUCAAAGGAGGGCUCGGUUGCUGACAUUGAUCACAUCCUAUUGGGACCACGAUACACUGCGGGCUCAGCUUCGCUUCAGCUACGCGCCUUCACAGCCUACAUUCUCAUUCCCAGGACUGCUUGUUGUCUUUCUGCGUCCUCAUUAAGGGGCCGGAUGGCUCCUGAGUGUUAUCUGUCCAUCCACGAGUCCGGAGAGAAAGCGAGACGGCCCUCAGACUGUUUGAGACACCAGCCUCCAAUUUUGCAGGAGCAUGGGGACAGCAGAUUGUUGGUGAUUGGAUUGGGCUUUUUAAAAAGAAUUACAUAUAUAGCUUUAUAGCUAUAUAACUUAUUUGUUGUAUCCAACCAAGUCGUAUCUUGGUUUCGAACACUGACUUUGUUUUUGUUAUUUUUCUGUCACACAUUGGGCCCUUCAAUGUUCAGUUAAUUUGGUACUAUGUGUAUGUGAGUGGAGGCAUGAAUGAAAGUCCUUUUCAUCCUGUGGAAUGUUCGAGAUCUCUACUUGAUCUUAGGGAUCCAGAGUCAUGCUGGGUUUUUAUCCUACCAGUUCCUUAGGACUGCGGUCAAUUACAUUUACUUGCAGUGCUGCAGGUAUCGUGGGUGGGUUAAAGGGGAACCUGGACCCUAUUUCCCAUGUUUUUUGUGUGUAAGUUAUUUGCAGGAACGACGGUUUUUUAAAUUAGUGUAGUAUUGAGUGAAAGUGCAGCGCUGUCUCUCAAUACUGGACAAUAUUUUGCUCCCAUGAUUCACUUUGACACAAGUACAAUGGAAAAUAGGAUCCAGGUUGAAAAAUACUGGAGUUUCCCUUUAAUAUAGUUUGAAAUAAAAACAGGCAGGUUCUGAGUUCCCAAAGAUCAUGUACGCCCCAAGAGCCUGUAAAUUUUCAUUACAAGUAAUCCCCACAUCGGCUGAUUUCACUGGUUAGUUUGUCACAGAAGGCGCUUAUCAGAAAAAUCAGCUGGUGUUGUGUUUGGUAGGAAUGGAAACAUGCAGCCUUGUGGGUUUUUAGAAAAAGUGAUCUAAGACCCUGUUUUAGCUGGUUGUUUCUUGAAUCCAUAGCAAAUCAAUUGCAUCCAAAAUAGAGAUUAAAUUCACCCAAGGCGCAUCAUCAUGAUCAGUUUCAAAUCUGAUUGCCUGAAACACCUCAGGAGGUACUUCUGUUCUGCCAGAUGGGGAAAAAGUGUAAAAAGUAUUUGUUGUGUGUCAACCAGAAUUCUUUCUGGUGCAUGCGUGGCCAGUGAAGAUGCAACCCAAAGUGGGAACAAUGGCAGACACAGAGAUCUGGUGUCACAGCCAAACUAAAUUGGAUUUCAUGCAUGUAAUUUAUUGUUUUAGAUCAUAGAGCAUAGAUGCACGUGAUGAAAUGCAACAUGGUUAAACCUCCUCAGGAUACGAUCUCAGUGCAACUGCCAAGAAACAGCCAGGUGUGAAUGGGGUCAAUAAUGUUGAAGGUGUUUUGUCCUCAUUUGGUUUAAUGCUGUUCAGUGUUGUUCUAAAUUUGAACACUCACCUGGUAGUGCAGGCCAACCCGGUCGCUAGAACAGAUGUUGGCAUUGAACGUUUCUCAAAACGACGGAUGUGUUAAAUUUAUAUGUUAUUAUGUAGCGGAUACAUUGAAAGUUUCUUUAUAUUUCAACAACGCUGUGUGGUUUGAUUUAGGCACAGAAACCACUUGCUUAUGGUUUGGUUUGAAAUAACUGGUACUGGUGGUACAAUUUCGACUAGAAACGCAGCAAUGCCUUGGUAAAAAAACAACCACAUUUCAGGGCACUAUGCCGGCAGGAAAUGCAGCGAAAUCUUAGUAAAAAAGAGUGACUUUUUGUGGCAAUAUCUCAGCAGGAAACACAGCAUGUUUCGGUAAAAAACAACCAAUUUUCGUGGCACUAGCCAGCAGGAAGUGCACCAAAGCCUUUGUAAAAAAAAAAAGAACAGCAUUUUGUGGCACUAUCAAGGCAGGAAAUGCAGAAUUUUUUGGUUAAAAACAACCUUUUUUCAGGGCACUAUGCCGGCAGGAAACACAGCGGCAGGUCAGUGAAAAACACCCAUGUUCAAUGGUUACAAGCCAACGAACAUGUAGUGAGGACUCGCCAAAAAACAACUGGUUUUGUUGUUUCUUGGUCUCAAACAGUGGUCUGCAGCUUGGCAAGUGUCUUGCCUAUGUGUCCUGGCAUCCACCAUCACCUCUACUUCCUGAGGACGAAGACAGCUCAUACACUACAUCACUUGAGAAACGUUGAUACGAUACGUAUGAAAUGUACGUACAAAUGUUACGAAUCCGUGGAUUGCAGAAACGUACAAUGCCAACAUCCUCUGCAGGCGACUGGGCCGUGCCGGCCACAUCAAGUGCAGGGGGAGAUAUCGUACCUGUGCUGUAGCACUGGCACAUGAUGCUAACAUGAAAAACAUGGAGGAAAGUAGCCCGGCUGACAGUGUCGGGUUAAAACACUCGCUGUAUAUCCCAGUUUAAUUGUAGUUCGGAAUGCUCUUCAGCAAAUAGUCUAGAAGUAGAUUUUUAAGACUCCUCCUCUCUUUUUUUAAACGCUCUGGCGAACAGUUGUCUAAUAACAGUUUCUACUGUGCCAAUUUCUACCAGCAAGUGUCUUCUCCUUCCUCUUCUUCAAUUACCUUGCAGCAUGUGCUAUUGUGGAGGGAGGAACAGAAACAACCACUCACAACAUCUGACAGCGGCAUUCAGGCUGUGCAGAGAAGCGUCCCCUUUAUUCUAAAUUACAGCCCUAAUCCACAGACGGCCGAGGCACCUGGUGAUUAGCCAUGCUACGACUCAGUGUGGAGAGAGGAAGAGAGGGAGGAAAGGGAAAGAGAGAGGAAGGAAGCAUGAAAUGUACUUUGCAUCAUCCAAACAAAGGAUCUGUCUGGACUGACGUCAGGUUUCACAGAUUUAAAAAAAGAAAAAGAAAAUAAAAGGACACAAAAAUAGGAUGAAUUUAAAGGGAACACAAUGUGCACACUGUAGAGACAUUUAUAGUUUAUUAAAUAACAAAAGUAUUUCAUUUGGGCACUUUAUGAUUCUUUUUUACGUGUAAAUAUUAUGGUUGUUAGUGUCUUUUGGAGUGAGCCAAAGUUAAUCUAUAAUAACUUAGUUGAUUAAUGUUAAAAGGGAGCGAAGGGAUAUCCUUGCUAGUUACCGUAAGAUUGUAGCAUUAGCUGGUAGCAUCCGCAUGACUGAUUAAAACUUCUAAUUAAUUAGCAGAAUACUUGAUAAGACUAAGCAUGAGCUAUACGCUACACAGAGAGCAGAGAAAUGAAAUACAGUAUGUCGGGUUGAGACCCAACAUUAAAUGAGGAAAACAUACAUAUGUAGCAGUUUAAUUCAGAUUCAAAGUUUACUGAAUUUCAUUCUGGGCUUUUUCCUUUCACUGAAAAAAAACUUAGAUCUGUAAUAAGAGACAAAAAAAAAACAAUUUGUUUUUUAACUUUCAAGCAAGAUUUCCGAACAAAUUUCUCUUAUACUAAUCAACUAAUAUUUUGAUUAAACCACACGAUUUGGAGUAAUUUUACUCUAAAGAAGAAAAAAAACUUUGCAAAAGUGGCCUCUGUUUUUGCCAGUAGCAGUGUUGCAGGGAUAUUACUACUGUAUUUAUUUCCAAACAAAUCAGCUACAUUCUGUAAAGCAAUAAUCAAAAAACAUCCAGUCACUGCAGUUUUUUAGUUGCACAGUGAAAUCUGUGGAAAAUGGUGAUCUUAGCCGGUGAUUUUCACUGCACUCAGAUUUAUCAAGUUUGACGGGACAUGUCCUGUGGCGUUUGUGUUCAGGACUUUUGAAACAUAUGUUGCUGCUCAAGUCGUACAGUGCUGCAGGGAUGAUGUUUUUUUUGUAGGCCAAACUGGAAGUUAGCGUUGCCCCUGGUUCCCUCGUCAAAAAGCCAAUGGGAAUUUUUCAUUGGCAUUUGGAUUGUUGCAGAAAAUAAGCUCUGUGGCACACAAACGUUUAUGAUACAUUUUUUGUUAAGCAAGAUAGUCUCCACAAAUGGACACCACAUUUGUGAUCUUUGAGGCGUAAAGUAAAAAACUAAUGUUAGACUAUAAAAGAACUACACAAAGGUCGGGUGACUUCAUCGUCACCACUGGUCACAUUGGCUGUAAAGGCUGUGUUUAGUGGGAUGAUGUUUAAAGAUAUACUAUGCAUCCAUCCAUCCAUCCAUCCAUUUUCAUUUGCUUAUCCGGCCUGGGUCAUGGGGGCAGCAGGCUGAGCAAAGUCCUCCAGACGUCCGACUCCCUGGCAACACUUUCCAGCUCCUCAUUGGGGAUCCUGAGGUGUUCCCAGGCCAGACAAGACAUACCAUCCUUCCAGCGUGUUCUGGGUCUGCCCUGGGGCCUCCCACCAGUUGGACCUGCCCAGAACACCUCUAACAGGAGGAUCCUGAUCAGAUGCCCGAACGACCUCAACUGACCCCUUUCGACACAAAAGAGUAGCGGCUCUACUCCGAGCUCCCUCCCGAUGUCCGAGCUCCUUCCCCUAUCUCUAAGGCUGAGACACCCCACGGAGGAAACUCAUUUCGGCCGCUUGUAUCCGUGAUCUCAUUCUUUCGGUCACUACCCAGAGCUCAUGACCAUAGGUGAGGGUUGGGACGUAGAUGGACCAGUUAAUUUAAAGCUUUGCCUUCUGGCUCAGACUUUUCACCACGACAGUCUGGCGCAGCGCCUGCAUCACUGCAGAUGCUGCUCCAAACUGCCGAUCCAUCUCACACUUUAUUCUAGCCCCACUCUUGAACAAGAACCUGAGAUACUUGAACUCCCCCACUUGGGGCAGCAACUCUCUCCUAACCCAGGGGAAGAAAUCUGCUGUUUUCCAGUGGAGAACAAUUAUAUUAAGGCCUGAAGUUAGACAUAAUUAAGGGCGAGUCGCUUUGAUUGACAGGCUGCAGAUAGUGUCCUCGGCUUCUCGGUCAGAUCAAGCCUUGUCCAAAUGGCGGCAGCCGAAAUGCCAAGGCUUCAAAAUUGAAGUCCCCAAAUUAACAGUUGCGAUAGUUAUGUCUAUUAUUUUUACAGUCUUUGGUUUUUAAAUACAGUUUCUGAAAAUCCUGCAUAGUAUACCUUUAAUGUCCCAGACAACCUCUGUAGUCUCAUUUAGCCACUUGUCAGCAAACACCUUUUCAGACACAUAAAAGUUUCAAAAUUCACGAGUGCGGUAUUUACUGACGUAUUUUGAAUUUAAGAUCUCUUGAGCUUGUGUUAACCACAAACCUUAUUUCAGGCAUUGAACCAAGAACCCAUCGACUUCAAGACGAGGGAACCGGGAGUGCUAAAAUACACCUUCUCAUUCCUGCAGCACUUUAUAAUGUCCUGCUGUUCAAAAGAAAAAAUGUGAGGCAGUAAGAUUUUUGUGAUUUAAAACGCCUUGAAAACAGCUUGAAAAAUCUGAGCACAGGAACUGAAAACUCGCUUGUUAUGAUGCGUCAUUUUAACCCGGCGCGUUCAUGUUUUCUCUUCAUAACGUAUUCCAGGGAGAGUGUCGUGUCGUCUCUGAGGAAUCUAUGUCCAAUUCAGAAGGAGCUGAAAUAUAAUACCCCAUGUUUAAAUUUCUGAUUUGAAAAAUGCAGGAUCAUUUUUCACAACCUAAAAUAACAACAUUAAUCUGAUGAUAACAACGACUGCCUGGUAGUUAGAACAUAAUGAGACUGUUUUUAAAAAUGAGGUUGUAUAAAUCAAAUAUAUAUAUAAUAUAUAUAUAUAAAUAUAUUUAAAAUUAACUUCUCUUACUGUGACCCAAGGAAUGUGUUUUUGUCAGUGUUCUUUUGUGCCAAAAUUUAAACCUAUACUGAGGGCUGAUUUCCCGAUUUAGGACCAACGAAAGAGGAAAGUUUACACUUAAAUUUUUUAUCAGCAACCCACAAGCAGAGUGGCUGAAACAAAACUGCAUGAUAAUGAUUUAGAUUUAGCAAAGACGGAUUACAAAGACAGCUAGAAAUGUAACGUCGCAGUGGUAACCAUCAUAGAAUUAGUUCCCCGUCUGUCUACAUCUAACCUGCAGCAGCUGCCUGUGCCACAGAUAUUUUAUAAAGCAUUAAACAGUGUUAACAAAGAUUGUUUAUCGUAGCAUCUGAAAGCUAAAAAACGUCCCUCUCGAGGGUGCAGCAGCAUGGCAGUGGUAUGGCAUGCACGCAGUGAAUGAUGGGUUUUCUAUGAUGGCUACAGCUGACCCCUGCAAGAACAUGUUCUUCUCUAAUUGUUUGGGAGAGAGACGUUAAUAAGCGCCCACAUGGCCUGCAGGAUGAAGAGUAAUUAAUGUUUGUUUAUUAAGAACUGAUUGUGUAAUUUUGCUCAUCAGAAGCUUCUCGUUCACCCGUCUGAAUCUGUUUGUGACAUUUUGGAACUCUGAAGGCAAACAAACGAGCUAAUAGAUGUUAUAGUCGACAUUCAGCACCAAAAAUGUACAUUUUUCUUUUCUUUUUUUUUGCAUCCACCCAUAUUUUGAUUGUGUCUGCCACAUGGAUGUUAUUUAUGUACUACUAUCAAUUGUAAUGUAAGUAGAGGCCUUAAACACACCGAUAUACAUUUUGUCAGGGCUAAGGACUAAGAAUUGUCACAUGAAGUAAUCAAAACAACGCAAAAAAAGUUUUACAGUGUCACCAUUUCAACCCAUUACUUAAAGUGAUUUAAGUGUCAUCUACUGUAUGGAAAUGAUUAUCUUUGCGUACGUUCUUAAUGAAUUUCUGAUAUACUGAUAUUUCAACUGAUAUUUGUGUAUUCUCCCCACUCCUUGGUGUGGGCUUAAUUGAACUGAGCAAAAACAAAAAAUACAAAAAACAAACAAAAAAAACAACAACAUUUUUGCAGAGUAGAUCUUCAAACAUUCUGACCUGUUUCUUAACAAGACUUAUUUUCUAAACUUAGGAAAAAACUACACUGUUGUUUCUUUAUUGAUGUUUGAAUGCACAUAACGGUACUUUGUGGUUUCAAUCAAGUAGAGUAAAAGGAAAAAAACAAAAGAACAUUCGCAAUCUAGCCAUCUGAACCAUCUGUAAGAUUUGUAUUUGAGUCCUGAUGGGGUCCUUUUCCACCCUAACAGCCUUUUAGGUUGAUAUUCUGCAAAACUGCUCACCUCUACGGCACCAUCAGGGCCCAUUGCCUGCGAUACACAGAGGAAACUCUAGGGACAGUUGUGUUACAUAUAUUAAGCAGUUUAUGUGUUUAGUUUAUAACUUUUAUUAAUGUAUAAGAAAGGAAACAUGACUGUUCCUAAAAUUUUCCCCUUAGUCAUCUCAGAAAAUGCAGUUUAAUUAUGUUUUGUUUGGGUUUUUUGGGGGAUUUGGAAAGCAUCUGUAACCACUGGUGCUAUUAUUCCAGCCCUCUUCAUUGACUCUGGCUGUACUUACAUGCGCACAGUAAUGUUACUGUUGUGAUUAACUCUCUGAUUAACCCUUUGAAACCUGACAAAUUGGCUUGAUUUCUUUUAAAAACAUGGGAAGAAGGUAAUGAGCAACAGUGGUUAAAGAGGACAUUUGUAUAAAUUGAACUUUAAACAACUCCACCAGGUCAUGCAAAUGGGAUUUUGAGUCUUGGCUCAAGGCGGUGGUGAAGUUAAUUUUAAAUUAAAUUGCAUUCUGUUGCACAGCCUGUUAUUUAGUACAUGUAUAUCAUUCACAUUUCUGUCUUAACUGCAACACAACCACGUUUUUGUGCGCAUGAAUAUGUGGUCAUUGGUACUUUCUGAGCUAACCUUGAUGCAGAAUGGCAGGAGUUUACCUUUUUGAUUAUGAUGAGUUUAGAGAUGGCGUAUCUGGUAACUCAUCCGCACAAAGAGUGCACAGACUAAGCCAAGAAGUGUCCAUCUAUUUUUGCAGAAUAUCAACCUAAAAGUGAAUCUGGGUUGAAUUCCCUCUGAAGUUCUUCAAACAACCCUUCUGUUACCUGAGCUUAAAUUGUCCAUAUCUUUAUCCUCUUAAGUACAUGGGUUUAACUGAUUAGACAGACAGAGAGCGCUAUUUGUGUCCUUUUCUUUUAGAGUGACAGUGUGUACAUUUCUAGACACAUAUCAUAUCAUGUUCUCUCCGGGGGGGAAGAGGUGGAGGAGUGGGAGGAUGAAAGGGUAGAUGCAGCUCCUCUGCGGCUGUUACGAAACGGUGGCUGGUGGAUCCCAAAAGCAAUACAUCUCCUCCAGUCUGCUGUGCUGCAGAGGCAGCCGUUCCCAAACUUUUCCCUUAGAGGCCUUCCUAAACCCAACCCUCAUAAAAGUGUUCCCCCACAUGCCAUCUGGUAGAUCCUCUCACUCAAAGCGUCCCACAUUACCACCAGUGAAUACAUUUUUUAGGUUGGGCGAACCCAGUGUGAGUCAAAGUGCCAUGGAGUCUCUGUUACUUGUGUUUCUCAGCAUCAUUCCUGGUUAAAUUACCUCUCAGUAGUCACAUUGCAGUCACACAUUGCUGGUCAUGGUGUCAACUCAUUUGGGGCUCCAACUAGGGCUGUCCCGAAAACCAGUUUUGGGGCUUCGAAGCUUCGUUGAGAAAUAUUCAUGAUUAAUUGAAGUUUCAUGGGUGAUGAGAGUGGAAACCUUAGUAACCGUAGCCACAAAAGCUAGAAAAAUUAUACUAUCCCAGACAGCUAAGGACUCAUUUAUGCUUGACGGACAGAGCCUUCUGUCUGUAAUCUGCGUUAAUUUCUUCCAUAUUUGUGCACGUUUUCUGAAAGCUUGUGGAUACAGACAAAAUGCAUCAGCGACAGCGGAGAUCAUGCAGUAUAGUUCAGGCAAGAUACACUUGUAUGAGACGAUCAAGAAAUAAAUGUAUUGGCAGAACCGAACAAAGUGGUCACACAGUGAAAAGAAUUCUCCGUCCACUUCUUGAGAUGCAAGUUCAAGUUCUGCCUGGUACAUACAUUGUCGUCUUUUAAGAUAAACUUCCGUUUUCACAGGAAAUUUAACGUUUACAUACAGUCUCUUUCAAAAUAAACAGACUACGCCGGUAGAACACCGCAAAUUCAUGUUUUUGAUUUGACUUAUUUUUUGUCUCCACCAACUAACACACGUGGUUGGUUUUGGGGAAGAAAACAGGGUUUGACUCUAUAAUCUUAUGGGACAUGAACACCGCUCUCCCGGUUGAAAGUCCAUGUUUGUUGGACCCAUCCACCACUCCUCCCGCCCGCCCUACUUGGACUUUCACCGCCUUAACUUUCGUUCUUGUCCCCCCGCAUUUCCCCCUGAUGCUCUUGAACGCCGUUAAACUAUAACGCCGACCGGCCACAUAUCAUGCCGACGUUAGAGGAUGACUUUUUUGUCAGUGUCCGACGCCGCAAGUCACUGCCCAAGCACCGGAUUUCGAUGACUUCAGAGUGAGGCCGGGCUUCAUUUGUUGUUGUGUGAAACUUUUGACUCCGCUCUCUAGCGCCAUCGCCUUUACCUGUUCCAUCAUAAAGGAUACAUGGAAGUACGAGAGCAGUCACAGUCACAAUGUUUGAAACAGACGCAUCUACUUUUAUACGUGACGGGAGCAUAAAUGAGCCUUUAGCUAUUACCGAUAUGAUUUGCAAAGAUGGCUGCAGUUUUGUGACGUGCCAGUUUCCUUUGGCGUGUCUGCCACUUUUUGGGGGUCAUCUUUGAGAAUUCUGAGACAACUCCAGACACAGACUUCUUCAACAUCUUGCUAGUCUGUCAUGGGUGUUAAAACUGUUGCAGUCACAGAACUAGGCCGAUGACUAACCUUAUAUGUCCUUGUCUGAGAAUAACUAAUAAUUAAUGUUGAAGCAUCAUAAAUUAUGUUGGAUUAUUAUUUAUUCAUUUGUGGGCUAUUUUGGGAGUCUUUUGGGUAAUGGUAUAGAAAAAUGGAGCAUUUGAAAACGGAUUUGGACAUUGGUUACCACAGCAACAGUCGAAGCUUCGAAGCAUUAGGGUCAGCCCUUGUUUUAACCCCAAAUCUUGUAAAGAAACCAUCCUUUUAUUUCUCCAUUAAUGGUUGAUGACACAAAGUCAUUUUAUCUACAGCAUUCACAGCCUUAAAAUCUCAUCUCUAAACCAUCCUGAGGCCCCAAAAAUAAUGCAUAUAAGAAGGUGAUGUUUUGGUUUUGGGAUAUUAGAUGAGACAGUUUUACAGGCCUUGUCAUGCUGUCAGGAACAUGUGACAUGGGCAACUUUUGGAAGCAAUGCUGAUGGAAAAAUAAUUAUCCUCAGUGAUAAGAAUUUAUCCAGGGAAUGUUUUCCAGGCAUACUGUAUAUUCUUUUCCUCAGCGACACAUUCCUCAGGUUAUUGGAGCAACGACCGAUUCAGUCACCUGACCGUGUAAGGAUUUCAAGUAUCCAUUUAAGAGUGUGUUGUAUUUUUUAAAGUUUUCAAUACUUUUCAUCCCAGCUGUUGAGGGGAUUGCCCAUUGUUCCGACAACCGAAAUUCCGAAGCCCUGUCAGUCAGUUUCAGAGAAACAGCACUUUGGGGCAAUGAGUGUUUGUUUUGGGGAUAACAGGUGGUGGGAGAAAUGGGCUUUCAGUACAGUGGAACAUUUUUCAUACUAAUGGGGCUUCAGAAUUUGGGGUCAUCGGAACAAUGACAUCACGCCACUGUAGAUUAGCAUCAACAAAUGUUAGCAUAAGCUAAUGUUAGCAAAGCGUUAAGCAGCAAAUGCCCAUUUGCGUUGCUUUCCAUCAGUUGCUCAUGCAUAACUGCCUUGAGGACCUGAAUGUUAUCAGAAGAGUGACAAAGUGGUGUAACUUUAGUUUUAUUCACCGCACUGUCAUUUAAAACACAAGUAUAUUUGCAGAUUCUUUGGCAAACUGUUAUAUUGUUGAGUAAAUGCACAAUUUGGUGUAUUGUUAUUCUAUUCCAGCUGUCAAUAAAA